AUGAUUCUGAUGGAUGAACAAGGUGGAAAAAUACAUGCCACGGUUAAAGGUACUUUGCAGGUCCGCAAAAAAAUUCAAGAAGGAGAUGUUUAUUUCGUGAAAAAUUUUAAAGUUGGAUUGAACGCUGAUAUGUUCAGGCCAACUAGGCAUGAAUAUCGUCUGUCUUUCAAUUUGAGAACUGACGUGAAAUCCACGUUUGAUGCUUCUAUUCCUGUCGAUGGUUUUGAUUUUGUUGAUUUUGAGCUUAUUGAGAAGGAAGCACCCAACUCUCCUUAUUUAGUAGGAGUAGGGGAUGUUGUUGAGCAUGUUGUCUCUAGUAGGAAGACCAAAAUGAUUGUCUUAGAACUUGACAACCUCAGAUUUUAA